AUGAUUCCAAAGAGAGACAUUUCUGAAGAACCUGAAAAAAAUACGCAGACCAAACUGGAACAUGCCCGCCUUAAGGAACUUGAACAGUCUCUUCUCUUUGAAAAGACCAAAGCUGGCAAACUCCAGAGGGAGUUAGAAGACACUAGGGUCGCCACCGUGUCUGAGAAAUCUCGAAUCAUGGAACUGGAACGAGAUCUGGUACUGCGGGAGAAGGAAGUCGCUGACCUGCAGUCAAGAUUGGAGUCCAGUAAAGUGACCAGCAACGUGGACACGUCCCUCUCGCUCCUACAGGAAAUCAGCACCCUGCAAGAGAAGAUGGCCUCGUUGAACAAGGAACACGAGGUGGAGAAGAAGUCCUUGCGGGACAAACUUGGGGUCACGGAGGAGUCCUUCCAGAAGGAAAUCAAGACCUUGUUGUCCUCCAACGAAAAGAUGGCGAAGGAGAACCAUUCCUUGAAAGCCAAACUGGACACAGCCCACAAAGAGAACUUGGAGGCGAUCGAAUUGUGGAAAUCCAAGUUGGAAUCUGCCGUUGCUUCUCAUCAGCAAGCGAUGGAGGACCUGAAGACCUCUUUCAGCCAAGGAGCCGGGGUUCAGGCGGAGGAGUUUGCGGAGCUGAAAGUGGAGGUGGAGAAGUUGAGGGAGCACCACCAGAACGAAGCGUCCAGCUGGAAGAUGAAGCAGGAGGCCGAGCGGUCGGGUUUCGCGAAGGAGAUCGAAGCCCUGAAGACGAAGCUUCUGGAGGCCACCGAGGAGAAGGAGAGGAGCUUGGAAGCCCUCAAGACCCAGCUGGAGAGCGCAGAAGACCAGCACCUGGUGGAAAUGGAGGACACGCUCGCCAAGUUGCACGAAUCCGAAACAAAGGUAAAGGAGUUAGAAGGCCUCCAGGAGAAGUGCGUGGAGCAAAGCCAGGCCGUGGAUAGCUUGAAAGCCAAAAUCAAAGCUGCUGAAGCAAAGCUCGUGAGCCUGGAGGGUCUUCAGAAGGCCCUUUCGGAAGGUAAAUUGGAGCUGGAGAAACUCGGCGAGGAACACGAGGCCGCCCUAAGAAAGAUACAGAGUUUAGAAAAUGACAGAAAUAAUGAAAGUAGCCAG